AGCAUCAGAACCGGGAUGAACAUUGAGGUUGGGAACGUGUCUUAUACAGGAGCCAUCAUCUCCUGGUCCUCCUCGGAGCCCUGCUUGGAGGACUAUUACCGUAUUAUGUACAGGCCCAACUGGAACAGCAUCUUCUCUGGCUAUCUGCGCUAUAGCUUCCAUCACGAGGAGAAGGUGCCUCGAACCAUCACCUCCGUGACAUUGGAACACCUUGCUCCUUCCACUCUCUACUUCCUCUGCAUCAGCUGCAAGAAGGCUGCUUUCCCAUACAGUCACUACUGUACCAUGUUCCACACCCUGGAUAAGAGUCCGCUGGCUGCUGGGGGCUCCCUGGUGGACCCCCAAAUUUCUCUUUGGGUGCUGAUGGCCAUCCUGCUGGCCUGCUUCACUGCUGUGCUGGCUUUCAUUUGCCUCCAGUUCUGGUGCAUCCGUUGUCACGAACCUCGGUGGUCUUACAGAGCUGGCCACAUGGAGGAAGCCAAUGGGUUGGUAAGAUGGCCCGAAGAGAUCCCAGCUCUUGGUCAGAGGGAAGAAGACCUGCAGGGGUUCCCCCUGGAGGAACUGCCACGCAAGAACUCUGGGGCCAGAGCUGAAGCUGAACCAGAAGCUGAAGCCAGCCAAGGUGUCUUAGAUGUGGUGGUCUUAGCUAGAGAGGUUGGUGACCAACCAGCCAUACUGCCUCACUAUAGGGAGUGAGCAACAGUAAGGAGAUGCCCCGUUUCUCAAGGCUUAAAAUGCUCUCCUGUAGUGGGUCCUGUAUGAAAAUUUGUCUAUAGACCUCCUGCUUCUGUCCUCUCAUAUGUCACUGCUGUAUAGAUGCCACAUGACAACGGUCUCCAAGCUGGACAACACAGACCCUCAAGGUAUGUCAGAGGCAAACAAGGCAUUGUUUCAGUAUUGUUCAUUUGGAGGUCUAGUAAA